CAUGAGCAUGUGAAAAUCCAAGGGAAGUCUUUAAAAUGUAACAAGCUUAGCAAUAUUAUUCAUGAAUAUACGAAAAGUACAACAUAUAAAGCUAACCACAGGGAUGCUUCUCUACAAUCGUCAAACCUAAGAAGACAUAAAACUGAGAGAAUUAAAGAAGUUUGCAAAUAUACAGACUGUGUAAAUUGUCAAAAGAUGUUUUCUAUUAUUAGACUCAAUCAAGGAAUCCAGAAGGAGAUGAAAGAACACAAUAGAAAUACAAAAUUUGAUAAGGUUUUGGUAUCUAAACAUAAACUUUUGCUGAAACAAAAUAAAAGUAGAGUGAACCCUCACAAAUAUAGUGAAUUUGACCAAUGCUUUACUCAGAGAAACAAUCCUCAAAUUCAGCAGAGUAUUUAUUCAGGAAAGAAACCUUAUAAAUUUAGUGUAUGUGACAAAUGUUUUGUCCGAAAAUCCACUCUUAGUAUUCAUCAGAUUAUUCAUACAGGAGACAAACCUUACAAAUGCAAUGAAUGUGAGAAAUGCUUUACUUACAAAGGCAGUCUGAGAAUUCAUCAGAGAAUUCAUAAAGGAGAGAAACCUUACAAAUGCAGUGAAUGUGACAGAUAUUUUAUCCAAAAAUCCAAUCUUAGUACUCAUCAGAAAACUCAUAAAGGAGAGAAACCUUACAAAUGCAGUGAAUGUGACAAAUGUUUUACCCACAAACUUAAUCUGAGUGCUCAUCAGAGAAUUCAUACAGGAGACAAGCCUUACAAAUGCAAUGGAUGUGACAAAUGCUUUACUGAAAAAGGCAGUCUGACAAUUCAUCAGAGGAUCCAUACUGGAGAGAAACCUUACAAAUGCAGUGAAUGUGACAAAUGUUUUACCCACAAAGUUAAACUGAAUGUUCAUCAGAGAAUUCAUUCAGGAGAAAAACCUUACAAAUGCAGUGAAUGUGACAAAUGCUUUCCUCAAAACAGAAAACUGAGAAUUCAUCAGAGAAUUCAUACAGGAGAGAAACCUUACAAAUGCAAUGAAUGUGAC